CCUCCCCAAACCCGAGCCUCUGCAGGGCGCCUUCUCUCGCUCCUCCGACUGAGAGCGCCGCUGCACCCGCGGCCGGCGAUGCGGGGCCCCGGCGGCCUGUGCGCCCUGGUGCUGGCGCUGCUGGGCUCGCUGCCCGCGGGCACCGGGGCGCAGCCCUACCACGGCGAGAAGGGCAUCUCGGUGCCGGACCACGGCUUCUGCCAGCCCAUCUCCAUCCCGCUGUGCACGGACAUCGCCUACAACCAGACCAUCCUGCCCAACCUGCUAGGCCACACGAACCAGGAGGACGCGGGCCUCGAGGUGCACCAGUUCUACCCUCUGGUGAAGGUGCAGUGCUCGCCCGAGCUGCGCUUCUUCCUGUGCUCCAUGUACGCGCCCGUGUGCACCGUGCUGGACCAGGCCAUCCCGCCGUGCCGCUCCCUGUGCGAGCGGGCCCGCCAGGGCUGCGAGGCGCUCAUGAACAAGUUCGGCUUCCAGUGGCCGGAGCGGCUGCGCUGCGAGAACUUCCCGGUGCACGGCGCCGGCGAGAUCUGCGUGGGCCAGAACACGUCCGACGGCUCCGGGGGCCCGGGCGGCGGCCCCACCGCCUACCCCACCGCGCCCUACCUGCCCGACCUGCCCUUCACCGCGCUGCCGCCCGGGGCCGCGGACGGCAGGGGCCGCUCAGCCUUCCCCUUCACGUGCCCGCGCCAGCUCAAGGUGCCCCCCUACCUGGGCUACCGCUUCCUGGGCGAGCGCGACUGCGGCGCCCCGUGCGAGCCGGGCCGCGCCAACGGCCUCAUGUACUUCAAGGAGGAGGAGAGGCGCUUCGCCCGCCUCUGGGUGGGCGUGUGGUCCGUGCUGUGCUGCGCCUCCACGCUCUUCACCGUGCUCACGUACCUCGUGGACAUGCGGCGCUUCAGCUACCCGGAGCGGCCCAUCAUCUUCCUGUCGGGCUGCUACUUCAUGGUGGCGGUGGCGCACGUGGCGGGCUUCCUGCUGGAGGACCGCGCCGUGUGUGUGGAGCGCUUCUCGGACGACGGCUACCGCACGGUGGCGCAGGGCACCAAGAAGGAGGGCUGCACCAUCCUCUUCAUGGUGCUCUACUUCUUCGGCAUGGCCAGCUCCAUCUGGUGGGUCAUCCUGUCGCUCACCUGGUUCCUGGCCGCGGGCAUGAAGUGGGGCCACGAGGCCAUCGAGGCCAACUCGCAGUACUUCCACCUGGCCGCGUGGGCCGUGCCCGCCGUCAAGACCAUCACCAUCCUGGCCAUGGGCCAGGUGGACGGGGACCUGCUCAGCGGGGUGUGCUACGUGGGCCUGUCUAGCGUGGACGCGCUGCGCGGCUUCGUGCUGGCGCCGCUCUUCGUGUACCUGUUCAUCGGCACGUCCUUCCUGCUGGCUGGCUUUGUGUCGCUCUUCCGCAUCCGCACCAUCAUGAAGCACGACGGCACCAAGACCGAGAAGCUAGAGAAGCUCAUGGUGCGCAUUGGCGUGUUCAGCGUGCUCUACACGGUGCCGGCCACCAUCGUGCUGGCCUGCUACUUCUACGAGCAGGCCUUCCGCGAGCACUGGGAGCGCACCUGGCUGCUGCAGACGUGCAAGAGCUACGCCGUGCCCUGCCCGCCCGGCCACUUCCCGCCCAUGAGCCCCGACUUCACGGUCUUCAUGAUCAAGUACCUGAUGACCAUGAUCGUGGGCAUCACCACCGGCUUCUGGAUCUGGUCCGGCAAGACCCUGCAGUCGUGGCGCCGCUUCUACCAAAGACUCAGCCACAGCAGCAAGGGGGAGACUGCAGUAUGAGCCCCGGCGCGUCCCCCACCUUCCCAAACCCUUCCCUGGCAGGGGGAGGCCCAGGAGGGAAGGAACUGCUGGCUGGGGCCUUGUUUCCCAACUCUAGGCCCUCCACUGACCAGCGCGCGGGAAGGGAGCAGUUCUUUGGAAAAGACUUGGGGCAGGGAGUGGUUUGGAGAGGAGGCCCGUGUGGGAAAGGCCGGGGACUUCUGGCGGAGGCUUACGGGGAGGACUGCAGCGACGACGGGGAUGAAGAUAGCGUGGUGUUCAUCGUGGGCGGUACUGGCCGGCUUGGCCUGCUGAGAAGAUUGUGGCCAGCAGGGAUCGCUGAGUCCGGCCCGGGGCUGAGCUGGGCGGUGACAUCGCCCAGCUGCAGGCAAGUGGCUGCCCUUGCUGCUGUGAGCCGGAGAGAGGCAAGGCUCGGCGGGGUCUGCAGAGAGGCUUUGCUGGGAAGCGGGAGGACCCCCUGCGGCGGCCUUGUCAAGCGCUGGUCAAACCAUAAUCUCUUUUCACUGGGGCCAAACUGGAGCCCAGAUGGGUUAAUUUCCAGGGUCAGACAUUACAGUCUCUCCUCCCCUACCCCCUCCCGGCUGUUUUUCCUCCCCUACUCCUUUCAAGUCUUGGAAAAUAAGCAUUUGGAAGUCCUGGGAGGGCUGCCCGCUAGAAUCCUAAUGUGAGGAUGAACAGACGUGACAAUAACAUUUGAAGAUGAGGGCAAGGAGAUGAGUAGUAGGUAUUUUCUGGGGAAGGCAGGAGACAGAGAAAAGAGUGUUUUAUUUGGUUUAAUACCCUGAAAAGAAGCGAUGACUUGUUGCUUUUCAAAACAGGAAUGCGUUUUCCCCCUUGUCUUUGUUGUAAGAGACAAAAGAGGAAACAAAAGUGUCUCCCUGUGGAAAGGCAUAACUGUGAAGACGGCAACUUUUACAGGCAAAGCAGCACAAAUCAGAGGUUUCCCUUUGGUUUUUAAUUUGGUUGAAGUAAACAUUGCUUUUUAAGGAAAAGUGAAGGACAGUGUGUUUCCAUACCUCAUUCAGCCAGAGGUUCUGACUUGGAUAAAGGAAAUGCAAAGGGUUUUGUUGUUGUUUUAAAUACAUUUAAUUCGGAACAUACUAUCCAACAUGCCCUGUUACCAUGUUUAGUGAAAUCUCUCCCUUAUUUUUUUUCCCUUUCUGUAAGCCUACGUUUAGAUUUUCCAAUUUAGAUUCUUCGGGAUAAAAGGAAAAGCAUAAUGCCGUAAGCAUUAUGAUAAAAGAAAGUUAACCAUUUUGCACACUUUUUUGGGUUUCAUAAAUCUGUUUAUAAAACAUUAUCCUGAUCCCAUCUUUGGUUGAGUGGGGAGGUGGACUGCAGAAAUGAUAGUGAAUGAAGAGAAAAGUUUGAACCAUGGGCCCUAUUUUUAACGAAAGUCAUUAAAAGAAGGUAAACUUCAAAGUGAUUUUGGAGUUCUUUGAAAUGUGCUGGAAGACUUAAAUGUAUUAAUCUUAAAUCAUGUACUUUUUUUCUGUAACAACUCUAGUUCUUUUCCAUAAUGAUGUAAAGCUGAGCAGAGGAUCAUGGGCACUAACCUUUACUCCACCUUUGACACUACCCUCAGUCUUGCAACACUGUCUUGUUUCUCAGUGUUUAAAUGCCAAUCUGAGGGUACUGUCAGGAGUACAAGUUAUCUUAUAUAUGUAGUGUUCAGUUGAGUUGAGCUGCUUUUACAUUAAAGUUAAUAUUGAUUUUGUGUUUCUUAAACCUUCAAAACUGUCUCACCUGUCAGAUUUUUUUUAACUGCCACUACACAGGUUUUUGCAUCUUUCGUGUUGUUAUAUCUUAAGUGCAUGUGAAAUUUGUAAAAUAGAGACAAGUACAGUAUGUAUAUUUUGUAAAUCUCCCGUUUUUGUAAGAAAAUAUAUAUUGUAUUUAUACAUUUUUACUUUGGGUUUUUGUUUUGUUUUGCUUUAAAAGUCUACAAUGAAGCCCCCACUUUAUCACAUGUACAGAUCACGAAUAAAUUUUUUAAAAAAUA